GUUGCUCUGGGAGAUUGUUUAAAUAUGGCGUCAUAUUGACAAGUUCUUGAUCGUAAAAACAACCUCCAUCUUACUAUGACAAACUAAGAUAUUUUAUAGUCUUUUGCUUUAUGCAAAGACACGAAACGUGAGAAAUAGAGGAUUUUCAGGAAUUCUUAUUCUUUAGUUAAUGUCCACACGGGUUAAAUUACCCAAUACUUAAACAUGGCAGAAACAGCAUCAAUGCGGGUUGUACCUAGUGGCAAGAUAUACAGACAGAUGUUUGAUGCCCAGGUUCAACUUCAAAGAAGUUUAUCAAAAGUGAAAAGCAGGGAAGCCAAUACUGCAGCAAGGGAUCGGUCUCCAGAAAGACAGAGCACAGCCAUACCCGUGGUAAAACUAUCAAAGGAGGAUGUGGCACACGGUCUUCUUACAGAGAGACAGCAGACCUGGGCAGAUGGAUUCCCAAACGAUCCAUAUGUGGAGAAUCCUGUUCUUCAUAAACAAUAUGCUGAAUUUGUGCAAUCUACAAUGAAAGAAAGUGAGUCCAGCAGGGCUGGGAAGGAGGUGCAAGGGCUGCCAGAUGUUGUCUUGCCUGCCAAAGAGGGAUCAAACAUCAUUGAGAGAAUUGCAGCUAGCAGAAAGCAGAGGCAUGAAUCUGUUGUUGAAGAUCUUCACCAGGAACUUAGUGUCAUCAAUUCAGAUUUGGAACCAGUUAUUACAGAAUACAGUGAAACUUUGUUGAGAAAAUUAGAUGAUGAUGACAAGGAAAUCAACCAUUUACUAGCUAGAAUUGAAAGAGAUGAGGAUCUUUUAACUUACAAUCUUGAAGAGCUCCAUAAGCUCUGGGAUGAAGUUCAGCAUCACUCAGCAGAGAGACAGACAUGGAUUAAUGAACUUGACCAACAGUUGUCUAAAGUUGAAGAUGACCGUAUAGACAUGAUGAGGAAUGUCUUCAAAUCAUAUGCUAAAACCAUGGAGAAGAUUGCCCAUUUAAUGCCCCCUGAUCUUAGCAGAUUUCUAGAUCAGGAGUCUCAGGUUGUGAACCAGACUAUGCUGAGUAACAGGAGAGCGUAUUCGGACCUGUACGUCAGACUGCUGUCGUCAGACAUAGAGAGGGAAAAGGCUCAGUACACCAUCUGGAAGAGACGAGUAGAGGACUGGAGACAGCUCAACACAGAACUAGCCAUUGAGCACUUUGGCAAUUUUAUGCAAGAAGAGAAGAUAGUAACUCCUCCAGGAGUAACAAAAGUCUACAACUUCUUGAUAGCAGAACAAGAUGUAAUCAAUAAAAGACGGAUAGAUGUUGUCAGACAGUUGUGUGAUUUGAAGCCUCCAGCAUCCACAAAAACAGCUGUGUACCAAUGGGAUAAAGCAAUUAAAAGUCUCACAAAGGAAAUAGAUUCUGUGAACCAGCUUCACUUUUCCAAAAUUCAUACAGAGUAUGAGAAAGUCUGCCAGGAUUGCUUAGAGAAAAUUGAAUUCAUCAAGACAUCCCUGAUUGAGGAUGGAAUAUGUGCCCCUCCCAGAGCCCAACAAGUGGUGGAUCAACACAUGCUUCCUCUGGUGGGAGAGAGACAGAAAGUGUUUGAGAACAACUUGGAAACAAUGGAGAAAAAUCUGGAGAAGCACAUGAAGGAAACGACGGAGAGACUUAAGAUGCUGUUUAAGUUUGCCCAGGGAGCUGCCCAUGUGUGGGAUGUUCAUGAGAUUGGCCUGGCCAAACAGGAGAGAGCACUGCAGGAAAAACUGGAGCUGUGUCGACAACAGCACGACAACCAAAACCAGGACAAAGAGGCUCACUUAGAUAUUAUUAUGGACAGGAUGAGGCAAGAUGCUACUGAAAAGCAACUCAAAGACAGUCUAGAAAAAGCUCUAAACAUGUUGAGCAAGAUUAAAGCUGCGUAUGAGGUUUUUCAUAAGGACCAGAUGGAUAUUGUCAAGAAUUACCCGAUGAUGGUGAGAGAUGAACUGAAGGAUUAUGAUGAGGGUGUGUGUAAAUUCUUUGAAGUUGGAAGGAAUCAACCAGUGAAGAGAAGCAAAUCCAAGAUCGUUGCUCCUAAGAAGUCGAAAGAAAAGGCCGGGAGCAAGGAGGGUUCACUCCCAGAGGCAGUCAGUGAGAUUCUGUCUACAGAGAAAGGAACACUUUUCUAUGUCCUGACAGAAGCAGGGGAAUAUGGAAUACCCCCAGAGAAGGAUACCCCCACUAAGGAGGACACAAAAGAGGAGGGGGAGGGUACCACCUUCAUGACAGAGGUGGAGGUUCCAGCCUCCUCUAAAGCAGAGUACAUACAGAAAAUAGAUGUAGAAGAAUCUGUCUUAACAGACGUCAAGAAAAAGAUAAGAAUGAAUUUCCUAAAUCAUAUGGAACAGUGGGACAUUCAGGCAUCAGAGAGAGCUGAAAGUGUUGUCAUUGCCAAGUGUGAGGAGUUAAACAGUGAGUUGGAGUUGAGGUUCCAUCUCCACAAACCUCGAGCCAGAAGGGCAGAGUUGGACGUUCACAAUGUCAGGGCAGCUGAGUUGGUGAUGCACUCUGAGAGAGUGACGAGACACACCAAGGGCAUUAUCCAAGCUCUAGCAGAACUCCGACAGGGUUUCAACAAGAUGACCCAGGAACACAACAAACUGGCCUAUAAAUUCAGAGAGGACAUUGAAGCAUUAGAAGUAGUCUUUGUCAAUGCCACAAAAUCGUCCAAAUUAAUUGCCUUGCAGUCACAGUUAGGGAAUGAGUUGACAAACUUUAUGGAGAUCAUCAGAAACUCCUUGCUCCAGUACAGGAAACACUUGGAUAAAACCCUGCAGAUGCUGAGGGAGUCCAAUGCCAGAUUUAUCAAGUCUUUCAAGGUCUUCUCUGACGGAGGAAAUUUCUGUCCGGAGGAGAUUGAUGUUUACCGUAAGAAGCUGGAGAACAUGUCCUCAAAGAUUGAUGUAUCAGAAGGUGCCAUCAUGUCAGACAUGGAAGAUAUAGAAAAGAAACGCCUGGAUCAGGCGACAAAAGUGGCCUCGGAGUUUGAGGACAGGUUCAAAAAUCAUAUGAUAGACUUGAUAUUUAUGGAGAAAAUAGCUCGUUGGUUGACCAAUACGCAGGUCAAGAUCAAGGCUGAGGUUGCCAAUAGCAAUUCUCAAGCUCAGCAGCUAGCCCAGCAUCUAAAUGACCUUGAUCGAAGAAUUGAUGCCUGUGAGAAACCCAAUUUGGACAAAGAGCCUGCAUGUAAACAGGAAAUGCAAAUAACAUCUCGUCAACUAAAUGAAACGCUGAAGACUGUGUUAGAGGCCUUUCAGGACAGAAGUAUAUACCUAAACUGUAUGAAGGACCCCACCCCCAGGCCCCCCUCAGGCACCAUGCAGGGACCCCCGGCUCUAGAGAGGAAAUCAACUAGAAUGAGCAGUGAUCAGGGGGUCCGGGUUGGAUUCUCCCAGUCAACAGAUGUACAACCCACACCGAUCAGUCGGAUGGGAAAACAGCCUCAGGAGGACCCCUCAGUUAAUGUCAUCAAGAGUAUUCUUAGACAAAAGAAAAGGGCACAGAAGAGUAAGAUGAGAUUUGGUAUGGAUGCUGAACUGGAUGGAGAAUUGACGGGAGGACAUCACCACGACUCCAGGGAGAAAUUGAAGUCUUCCUUGUCUACUGCUACAACCUCGGAGAAAUCGAAACAGACAUCUAAAGGAAAGAGUUCUCACAGCACAGGUGGAUCCGAGAACUCUCCUAAAAGGGUUCAAUCUGGCAUGGAGACCCCUCACACACCGUCAUCAAUGCCACGACUGAGGCGAAAUAGCAAGUCCACCAAGUUUGACAGGAAGUACUUGGUGUUUGGUGAGAAGGAGGAGGAGGGAGAAGAGAGACAUAUUCUGGGGAUCAUUAAGAAAACCCUGAGAGAGGCCCUGGAAGGUCUCCUAACAAAUGCUGAGAUGUACUAUAGAGCCAAGGGAAAUCGCCUCGUGACUCGGCCCCAGGCCCUACAAGAGACGUUUGAGUCAUGUGCUGAUGUCAUUGUACAUAAGUUACAAUCUUACUACACGCAGUCUGAUGAAUACCACAACCAGUGUCUGCAGGAGUUUAGAAGUCAGUUGUCUCAUCUGGAGCGCUCUGUGGGGCAUGUUCCCGGGCUCCUCAUCACGGACAUCCUAAAGGAAGAGCUCCAGAAAUAUACAGCAGAGAGAAAGAGGAUGACUGAAGAGUUCUCCCACAAACUGGUGGAGCUGGAGCAGAGGCAACAGGAACACUCCCAUCUCCUGCGCCCCACCCUGGGGCACCCCCACUCCGAGGAAUCUCUAAAGGCUCUGCGUGAGAAGGAGGAGGAGAGACACAAGGAUUAUGUGUCUGCUGUAGAGAAACACACCAAAGAUCUACAGAAUUCAGCUGUAUCCCAUGCCCAAACCUUUUUAGACUCAUUAGCGAGGACUGCGGAGCACCAGUUACUGCAGUACGAUAAUCUGAUGGUUAUUGAUGAUGUCAUAAAAGGACGUGUUGAACCUACAAAGUAUCCAACCAGUGAACUGAUCCGAAGAAGGAAUGCCGGACUCCCACUGGAAGAUGACGAAGAUAAGGGGGCCCUACCACGGGGUAAAAAUGCCUGGACAGGCAUCCCUAAUAAUGAACUGGUGAUUGGAGACUCUCCCAGUAAAGUUACAAUGACAGCCUCUGUUACAACUGCCAAAACAACACUAGGUCAUAGUGCUACUGUCACCGCCAGAGACAUCGCCUACCAGGAUUAUAAAGCAGAAUUUGAGAAGACUUUGAAGUGGAUAGAUAGUGAGAAACAGAAACAGAUGCAAGCAGAGCAGAGGUGGAUGGAUAGCUGGAAUACGUCAGUGGAAAAAGUCAAACAGCUCUACUGAUCCACCAGUGGGGAUACACGUGUAAAAGUGAACAAAUUGUGAAUACCUGUGUCAAGGCGAUAUGUGUUGUAGCCAUGAUGACAGAAAGUGGUGGGAGUUUUCUCCCUUUACAUUGAAUUGUGAUUUGUUUUAUAGUCAAUUGUUUUUUCUUUAAUUGCACUUCUAUGAUUUAUAUGUGUAUUUAUAUGAAUGUGCUUUUAAGAGAGUCUAUUUAUAUGUUUUAAGUGACCAACAUUCUCCUUACACUUGCUAUUAAAGCAUCAUCAGAUACCCACGGCUGAUCUCGUCUGAUGAGUAGAAGACGAGAUCAGCCGUGGGUAUCCGACGAUGGCUAUUAAAGCAGUAACCGUCCAUACAGUUGAUUUGGUGUCAACAUGAACUCUGUGAUAUGAAUGUGAUAUAUAUAUAUAUCAUGUUCUUUUGAUUGAGAAAAUAUAAGAAUUAAAAUAUGAUUUACUGGU